AUGUUACAGAACUCAUCACAGAGAGUGCUCUUCAUCAUUGAUGGAUUUGAUAAACUUAGAUCCAUGCAUUGUGAACACUGCAUAUCAUCCAAAUUCCAGAGAGCCCCACCUGAGGUCAUAGUUUGUUCCAUUCUUAAUAAACAAAUCCUGCUCAGAUCUGUCCGGCUGAUCACUACUAGAACUGAGGUCCCACAGGGAAUGUUGCUCAAAGGACCUCAGCGUUUCACAGAGAUUAUGGGCUUCUCUGAGAAGGGGGUGGAGGAGUACUUCCAGAAGUUCUUCCAGAAUGAGGAGCUCUUCAGGAAAGCCUAUGAAUGUGUGAGAGUAAAUCAAACUCUCAUCACUGCUUGCUCCAUCCCUGUCAUCUGCUGGAUCAUCUGCAUGGUUAUGCGAGAGAGGUUCAGUGAUGGUGCAGAUAUGAUGAGUGGACUGGAAACCACCACCUCUAUCUACGUUGACUUUGUGUCCACUCUACUGGAUUAUCACUGCCAGGGUUUGAGUCAGUCUGUCCCGAGCCUGCUGAGGAGUCUGGGUCAGCUGGCAGAGAGAGGCAUGCUGGAACAACAAGUCUUGUUUGAUGAAAAAACUGUUUAUGACACAAUUUCAGACCCAGCUGGCAAUCCAUUCCUGCAUAAGUUCCUCUUAAAGAGAAAAAUCCACCAGGAGACAAUGUUCAGUUUCAUGCAUCUCAGCUUUCAGGAGUUCUUCACUGCUCUCUACUAUGUCCUUCUGGAUGAAGAAGAGUCUCAGAGGAAAGUGAGAGAGCUGCUUCACACUGUAGAGAGAGGAUGGGCUUUGUCCUUUUGGUCUGAUAGAGACUUUUCUAAAGCAGAUGUAGAAGUAAGACAUGCAAAUCUGCUGCAUGCAGUGAUUCUGUUCCUCUGUGGUCUCUGUAAGAAAGAAUGGAUGUCCUCAUUCUUUGAAAAGCACAACAUGACCCUUUCAAUUAACAUAGAAACCCAGCUUAAGGAAUGGAUCAAUCAGUGUUCACAGAGAUAUCAAAAUGAACACAUGCUGUUCGCUCUCCAUUGUCUCUAUGAGCUUCAUGAGAAGAGCUUCAUUGGGAAAGUUUUGGAACAUUUGGUUUUAAUAGAUCUGUCUAAUAUGCCUCUGAAAAGAACAGACUGUUGGGUGUUAAAAUAUGUUUUAAAGUGCUGUGAACACAUCAGAAACCUGAAAAUCCAUGAAACGUCUCAUAAUCUGCAGAUGCUCCAACCUGAACUGUACUGCUGUAAAGAGCUGUACUUGGGGAAAACAUCCUCAGAAGAUGCAGAAGUGUUCACACCUAAACAUGUUCAGAGAGAUGAUGAGGACAAACGCAAGAAUAUAUACAGGUUUGUGUGUCCACAUGCUGGUCAGUUUCUGUGCAAUCUGACCAGCCUUGUGUUUGUGAUGGAGAGUGAAGGAGAGGUGCUAUAUAGAGUUGUCUCAUGGAAUCCUGGUCUUUUAGAUGGUUUGGGUCAGAUGAAGCCUGCAGGACCCUUGUACAACAUUGAUUGUUUUAAUGGUUCAAUUUCAGGACUGCAUCUUCCUCACUGUGAAAUAUUCUGUGAGGAAAACAAAGACAGUUUGGCUGUAGCACGUUUCACUGGUGGUAAUGUAGAAAUAAUGAAACCUUUUAAAGUGACUGAAACUCAUGUGAUGAUUGACAUCAGAGAUCUCUCCCACUUUGGCCUCUUAAAAAGGAUGAUCUUUCCUCCUUCCCCUGUCAUUGCCCAAGUACUUCUCUUUCUGCGACCAAUAACUGUGAGACAGAGAGAAAACAUACUGGAUGUCCAUUUGCUCCCGUGGAACGUUCCACUGUCAAAGGUAUCAUUAUACUGUCACACAGAGAAUACACACAUCAAAACCAGUUCAAAGUGUUCACUUACUCCGGAAUCAGAAUACCAUCUGUGUUGUCAACCAGAAGAAUCUACAGUGCAGCCGGCGUCAGAGACGUUUGAGUGUAAUUAUGGUCCAAACUAUCAUCCCACAUUUGAAGUGUUUGUGGAUGUUAACAAAAAGGAAAUCAGACUGAGUCUUUUGGAUAAAACAGGAAGGGAAGUGUGGGAACCACGUCGGAUCGUUCUCACAGUUUCAUCAGUGAUGACUAUUGCUGAUGGUCUGAGGACCAAAGACAUGAUUCCAGAUGAAAUCUACAGUAAAGUUCAUGCUGCAGAACCACGACAGGAGAAAACAAGACUCUUGUUGAAUGCUCUUGACUCUGGAGGAGCUGCUGUAAAAGCAGAAUUCUACAAACUGCUGAAGAAUGAGGAACCUCAUCUAGUGGAUGAACUGGAGUCUGGACCCAGUAGACCACAGCAAUUCUGA